AUGGUCCUCGCCCGCUUGCUCCGCAGUGUAGGCUCCUACCUAGCCGGCGGGCCCAAUCGCUUCCUCGCUGGACGCGAUCUAGCCGGGAAUGCCUACUACGAGUAUCCUCCCUCUCACCAGCCCACCAGCUCAUCACGACAUGCAACUCGCUCCCGCCGCGUAGUCAAAUACGCAGUUGAGCGACCCAUCGAGGAAUAUGCCGGCUCGGGAGGGGAUGCGGAACAGUUGCCUGUUCAGUGGAAGAUGUGGCUUCGUCAUACCCGGGCGGAUGCGCCUAGUUUGGGGGAGUUGCAGGAGGAUAUGGGGAGGAUGGAGAGGUUGAAGGUGCUUGUGGAGGAGAUUGCGGAGAGGGAUAGGAAGGAGAAGAUUGAGGCCGGUCAGAGGAGGGAAAGGGCG